AUGUCCAUGGGCACUGCGAUCGAUGCAAAUGCCGCUGAUGGCGACAAGACCAAACUGCGCAUUCAAACGCACUUCUCGACGGAAACACUUUCCGGACAGAUGGCGCAGGAAUUCAUUGAUGACGUUUCCGCCAUGUCCAACGGUGAAAUCGAAAUCGAGAUGUUCUUUGCGUCUUCGGUUGUCAAGUCGGCAGAAACCUUUGAUGCGGCAGCGACCGGCAUUCUGGACUGCGACAUGACCGGUGGUGCCUAUCAGACUGGUAAAAACCCGGCCUUCCAGUUCGCCGGCGAUCUGACCGGUGGCUAUCAGAACCCCUAUCAGCAAUAUGCCUGGCUGCUGCAUGGUGGCGGUUACGACAAGCUGAACGAGCUCUACAACGCCAACAACAUGGAGUUCAUCGGCUGGUGGAUCCCGGGACCGGAGUCCCUGUCUUCCACAAAGUCCUUCAAGGGCGUUGACGAUCUGAAGAACUGGAAGUUCCGUUCACCUCCAGGCGUCAUCACGCUGAUUUUCGAAAAGCUCGGUGCAUCGCCGAUCGUGAUGGACUUCAACGAAAUCUUCACGGCGCUCGAAACAGGUAUCAUUGACGGCGCAGACGCCGCCAACAUCACCAACAAUGUCGGCCUCGGCCUCUAUGACAUCGCGACUGAAACCAAUUACCCCGGUUUCCACUCGAUGCCGGCCGACCACCUCGCCUGCCGCAAGGACGUGUGGGAAGCCAUGCCGGAUCACCACAAGGCGAUCCUGAAAGUCGGCAUGCAGGCUCUUGGCUUGAAAAACUCCACUAUCAACGAAGUGAAGAAUGCCCAGACCGCGAAAGAACUUCGCGAGAAAGGCAUCAAGCUGAACACCUGGUCUGAUGAGGAUCUUGCCGUCUAUCGCCAGGCUGUUCAGGAUUCCUGGGUCGAGUUCGCGACAACCCCGGAAUCCAAGGAAUUGCUGCAGAGCCACCUGGACUUCCUGCGUGAACUUGGCGCAAUGCAGUAA